AUGGACCCACAAGAAGAACAACAGCUGGAACUUGAAGUUUUGGAAUCAAUUUAUCCUGACGAAUUGACGAAAUAUUCACCUACACAUUUCAGUAUCAAAUUAUCAUUAGAUACACCAUCUAAUCGCAAGCAUAGGUUACUUUUAGAUGUUAGAUAUCCCGCAGAAUAUCCCGAAGUGGUUCCAGAACUUGAUAUAAUAAUACCAGAAGAGGAAGAGGAAGAAAUAAGUGAUGAUGAAAGUGAUGAUGAGAAUGAAAACGAAACUAAACUUAUGUUAAAUUUGUCAGAAACCAUUGAGUUUGAAUCUCAGGACAUAAAUCAGUUGGUGUCCAAAUUGAUAGAAGAAGCUGAUUUACAAGUCGGUAUGCCAUCGGUAUUUGCGUUGGCGACACAAUUAAAGGAUGAAGCAGAAUUUCUAUUUCAGAAUAAAUUAGAACAAACACAGAAAAAAUAUGAUGCAGAUUCGUUAGCGAAAGAAAUGGAAGAGCAGAAGAAAUUCCAUGGUACCAAAGUAACGAAAGAUUCUUGGAAUGAAUGGAGAACAAAAUUCAGAGAAGAAAUGAAGGUUGCUGAAAAAGAUUUAGAAAACUUUAAUAAAAUGCAUAACGGUAAAUUAUCGGGCAAAGAAAUUUUUGAGAAGGGUUUGGCUGGUGACGAUGAGGAUAUUUUAAAUGAUAUUACUGAUAACGUUAAAAAUGUCACGGUUUCAUAG